AUGAAGCGAUCAAAAGCGGCACAUAAAAGCAUGGAACCGGCGCUUCAAGCCAAAUAUCUCUUCCACCACGACAGAGCGUUGACAUUCAAAAAAUUUCCAUUUGAUUCGAUGAAAACGGCCACGUGUACAUCAGCGGCGGUGAGUUUUUCUUUCUGAAGAAAAUUUAACCAGAACCAUUUUACCGCAUGUUUUUCAGCUCGCAGCUGCCGGUUUCUACUGUACCGCCACUAAAGAGGCUCCAACUUCCGCCAAAUGUCCAUUCUGUCUGAAAGAGCUCGAAUUCGAUCCGGAAGACGAUCCAUGGGAGGAGCAUCUUAAACGCGGACAAAAUUGCGAAUUCGUCAAAUUGAACAAAUUGGAUGAUAAAAGUUGGACGGUUGAGGAGACGAUUCGGCUCGGCAAUGUUUGUCGAAUUCAGCAGAAUUUUGAGAAUCAGAUAGCGUUUUUGGAUGGAUUGAAGGUGUCGACGACGACAAAUGUGGCCAAAUUGAAGCUGAAAUAA